AUGAGCCAGGGAGUGAUUGGUGCAGUCAAUGCGUCCCCGGAGUUCGUGCACCGCAUGGGUUUCGGUGACGAGACAGGUCACGUCACCGACCCGACCAAGCAGGGCGGUAUUGUCGCCAUCUACUAUGCUGGAUCUCUCUUUGGCGCGUUCUGGGCUGGUCAAUUUGCGGAUCGCUACGGUCGCAUCAAAGGAUUAUGGAUGGCGUCGUUCUGGUGUCUUCUUGGAGUCAUCCUACAAGCGGCAGCAACCGACCUGGCCUUCAUUCUGUGUGCUCGUGUCGUCUCUGGCAUUGGCGUCGCAUUCAUCAUCGUCAUUGCACCGAGUUGGACAGCCGAACUGUCUCCCGCUGCGCAUCGCGGCCGUGUUAUCUGCUUAACCUUCUUGGCAAACUUCUCAUGUAUAGCGCUUGAGUCCUGGCUCGGUUUUGCGCUGUCAUUCGCCAAUGACAUUGGUGGUGGCCAGUUCCGUUGGAGGUUCCUUUUCUGCACGCAGGUCAUCCCGAUCGUGUUGCUGGUCCUAGGCACCAUGGUCAUUCCGGAGUCGCCUAGGUGGCUUGUCAAAGCUGGCAGACACGAAGAAGCAUACGACAUCAUCGUCAAGCUCCGAGGCAACGACGAACCUGAUCACCCAGACGCACUGCGCGAAUGGCAGGAGAUCCUGGCGGUUGUCGGCAUGGAACACGAGGCCUCCAGCUCUAACUACAUCAAGAUGUUCUUUGGCACUGGCUCUGGAGACGUUCACCUCGGCAGGCGCAUUCAACUUGUCUUCUGGCUACAGGUUCUGAUGCAAUUCGGCACCGGUAUUGCAGCUAUGGUCAUCUACUCUGGUACAUUGUUCCGCAACGCCGGCUUCGACGAGGUGAAAGCUGGCUGGCUUUCGCCACUCAGUCUCUCCGUCGGAAUCCUGGGUACAGGUAUAAAUGCUCUACUUGUCGACCGCAUCGGGCGGCGUUGGACCAUCUACUGGGGGUCUGCGACUCUUUGUGUCAUUCUGUUCCUAAUGGGCGGACUCCAGCGAGCAGCACUCAACAAUCCUGGAACACAGCAAGCACUCAACUUGAACAUUGGCGGAGCAGUCCUCGUGUUCAUCUAUGUCCUGGUCUUCAGCGCCUCGUGGCUAAUGGUACCGUUUAUCUACCCAACGGAAGUCUUUCCAACCUGGCUUCGCGCAAAAGGAAACGCUUUUGGUGUGGCUGGGUGGGCUAUCGGCUAUGGUGGAGGUGGCCUACUCAUUCCAAUCAUGCUGGCCAACAUUGGAGAGAAAACGUUCUAUGUCUUCGGGGCCGCAAUGAUCAGCUAUAUCCCCCUAACAUACAUGCUGGUUCCGGAGACAGCAGGGCGUACGUUGGAGCAGAUCGACUUUCUAUUUGCAAGCAAGAGUCCAUUCACAUGGAAUAUGGAGAAGGAAUUCAGCAAGCGAAUGCAGGAACUUGAGUCGCGGAUUGAAGCGAAUCAGGAGAAAUGGCGAAGGACCUCCGUCAAUGAGAUUGAACGUCCUUUUCAGCCUAAGGCGGCAGAUGUGUGA